AUGUCCUUUAUAUCAUCAGUUGGAGAAUCUUCCAUUACUUCAUUUAAUGGAAAUGGCAGGAAUAGGAACAGAGGUGGACGUCGGAGAAACGAUUCUAACAACAGGACAUUCGAGAGACGGUUUACUCGUCAACAGACAAGUCUAAAAAAUCUCCACCUUUUUGCCCGCAAACUGGCCCUCAAGAAACUGCACACGAAACGUAUACAGACUGACUCUUCUUCACAUACUUUGGAUACGCCAUCUGAAAGGGAGGCACUACAGGCUCUGGAAUCUUUGAUUGCGGAACAAGAGCAACAGCCUACAGGCAGGAACGAAUUAAUAAUAAUUUUGGAAGCUGCACGAGCGAAGGGGAUACUUUCCCAGAAGCAAAUGGAGGGCCUCCUGACACCAACGCCAACUAUCUCAACCAUCUACCUAUUGCCGAAAAUACAUAAGAAUGAGACUACGCCUCCUGGAAGACCAAUCGUAUCGGGAUCCAACUCACUCACUGAGUCUGUUUAUAUCUGGAUCUAUAAAGACCAAGGUGGAUACCUACAAACGGAUUUGUAUCGGAAGACCACGGCAGCCAAUACACUUCUCCAUGCAUCCUCAGCCCAUCCCCAGCAUCUUACGCGAAACAUCCCGGUGGGUCAGUUCCUAAGGGAUAGGAGACUAUGCUCAACGGAAGGUGACUUUGAAAAACAAGCGGAGGACCUUAAGACGCGAUUUAAGGAGCGUGGAUAUAGUGGACGAUGUAUCCGCCGGGCUUACAAUAGAGCGAAGAACAGCAAUAGAACUGACCUUCUGCAGAAAUGCAAGUUCGGUCCAAGAGGAUACUGUGUACUCUGAAGAUUUCCCUCACCUAAAUAACCAGAAUUGGAGUUCCAUGGGACAUUUUUUCCGUCAAAUUAAAAUUGGGAUGUAUACUUUACUAUAUUGUAGUGGUCACUUUCAUCAUGACCAAUGUGACUCCUCUGUAAUUUUAGUAUUGUUGUAAUUUGCCUCUUUUUUUAGGCAUCCCUUCUGGAGGGAGAUUGUUACGAGGCGUGAGGUUACAUAAACAUCAUAAACACCUUUUAUGUCAAGAUUGGUAUUUUUACCUCUGGGAGUUCCCUGGUUCCUGGGAAUAUAAAUAAUUAAUUGUUUACACUUAGAUUUGGUGGCACUAUGUAUACAUUAGGCACUUUAUUGGUUUCAUGAUAAUAUGUAUUGUUCUGUUUGAUUAAUUGUUUUAAUUUAUGUGUCUAUGAAUUGAUUUUAUAUUUAUAGUUAGGUCAGCAUUAAUUCACCUUAUUUAUUCAUCCAAUAUCACGGAUCACGUUGGUAUAUAUCAAUAGGCCCCACUGUUCAUCCUUGUCUCACUUUGUGGCACCUGUUCACAUGCAUGCUCACUUCACUGCACCUUCACUUCACAGCAUCAUUUGUUUUUUAAUUUGUGUUCUGGUGGAAUUGGCCACUCCACCAGCUUAUGUUUUGGUCUUUACUCACUAAUCUCUUUUUUUAUUUAUUUCACUUUCCAAUUUAUUUAUUACAUUUUUCCAAGUAUUAUUAAUUAUUUAUUCACUGACCUGUAUGAAAUUUUGUACAUGGCAUAUUGCUGGCAUUAUAUGUUGUUGCUGACAUAUGCUUUUUAUGACAGGUUAUUAUUUAACACUAUUAUGAAUUGUAUUAUUUUGUUUGUAUUCUUUAUCACCAAGGUCACCAUCGUAGUUUCCUCGUAGCCUUUUCAAUUGUGGUGCGCUGUCUGUCACGCACCACAAGUAUAUAUUACUUACCAGGCUGCUCUCUCCAGUUAUUUCAGUGAAGCGCUGUGUCUGCUGCAUUUCUCGGGCACAUGCGCUGGAUUUUUCUAGCGCGUUGCUUAGUUGGGCGUGGUUGCCAACGGCGCUCCACGUGUAUAUUGUUUACAUUGUUCCUUAUUGGUCCACACAGGCAUGUGGAGCGUGCCCCUCCCUCGUGUCAAAGGCAGGUGCAUCCCUUCCGGUUGCACGGCUUGGGAUCGCGAUAGGACGGGCACGGGUCCACAUGCUGGUUUGUUUACAUUGCUAGGAGGUCUUCAUUGGCUGCUGUGUUUGUGUGGGCGCAUCGUUACUUCGCGGCCCGGCUGUACGCUCAGGUUGGAGCGCCCUGUUUUUUUACUCACCUGAGUGAUUCUCAUACUAUUUACCUGUUCCCUAUUUUGGGCUCUCUUUUCUGAGGUAGUGUCAAUUCUGUGCAGUCUUUUAUUGUGUGUCCAGUAUGUAAUUUUAUAUGUUUGUCGCUGUAUUGGCCUUUGGCCUCUACUGUUGU